GCAUAUAGGAUUUCAAUGAAUUGGGUCGGUGAUAUUUUGAUGCGUCACGAUUCGGAAUCGACUAGAUUCUUCAAGUUAGAUCUGUAUUGUGAAACUCUUUGAAUAUAUAGCUUUGAGCUUUCCGCGAACCUCUCAUUCACAUUCGUUUGGUGGCUGUGACAAAAAUCAUGGAGUUCCCGCAUUUAGGAAAACAUUGUUCAGAGAAAACUUGUAAUCAACUUGAUUUUCUACCCAUGAAAUGUGAUGCUUGUGAAGAAACAUUCUGCAAGGACCAUAUCAGAUAUGAGUUACACAAAUGCCAGUCAUCCUACAAAAAGGAUAUCCAGGUACCAGUGUGUCCUCUUUGCAAUCAGCCUGUUCCAUGGAAAAGAGGUGAAGCACCUGAUAUUGCAGUAGGUGAUCACAUUGAUCGAGAUUGCCAAUCUGACCCUGCAAAACAAAAAAGAAAGGUCUUUGGGAAUCAAUGCACCAUGAAAGGUUGCAAAAAGAAAGAAGUGGUUCCAGUGGUAUGUGAUCAGUGCAGAAUGAAUUUCUGUUUAAGACACAGACAUGCUCAAGAUCAUAGCUGCAAGGGAAAUAAUCCUGCUGAUAAAGCCAGGGAAGCUGCUUUAGCCCGUGCUUCUACCGGAUCAAGUAUUUUCACAAAACGCUCCGGUCCUUCUAAACCGUCCAGCACCGUCUACAGCACUGGUAGUAGUGCCAGUAGCGCUAGCACCGCUCGCAGUAGCAACAUGCCGCGGGCAUUUGCUGUUGCUAAUGUUCAAGGAAAUUUGAGCGAAGAUGAAGCUUUGGCUCGAGCGUUGCAAGCCUCGUUGCAAGAUCAACCACCUCUUACAGCUCAGCAACAAGAGGAAGCAGACCGGAUGUUGGCACUGGCCUUACAGAGGGGAGAACAGCCACCAGCCACCGCUAGCGCAGCGCCUUCUAAUAGCAAUUGCAGCUUAUCAUAGCCUCCCACCACACAACAGCACUUGCAUAUCAAAUUGUACAAUCAUACAUAACCCCUUUUAUUUUUGCUCUUCUCACUUCAAACUUUGGUGAAUCUGAAUUCUCUGUUUUUUAAAUUUCGAAUAAAAAAUAAAAUGUUUAUCCUGCA